CUCCCUCCCGUCGCCGCCGCAUCCACCUCCAGAAUAGCGGACGGAAACCAGAGCCAAAAAGUUCAGUCCGCCGCCGGCCAGAACCUUCGCCCCGACGUCUUUCCUUAAACGAAUUCCAUGAAUUUGGCUGAUUGUUCUUCUCACUCUGCGACGGCUCGGCUUCUCCACUUUGGUAGUCCCGGCGCCAUCUACCUGCGCCGGUUCGUGGGUUCUCUCCAUGUAGGCCGGUGUGGCUCCAACCCCACGCACGUGAAAACCCUCCGCCUCCGUUCUAACCCUCCUAAAACCCUCACCGUAACUGCAGCAAUGGCUAGUGAGGCCGAGCUCGCGGCCUCGGCUAAGAUAAUCGAUGGGAAAAUGGUGGCCAAGGAAAUCAGAGACGAAAUAACCACCGAGGUAUCAAGAAUGAAAGAUGCGAUUGGUGUUGUUCCCGGGCUAGCAGUCAUGCUUAUCGGUGAACGAAAAGAUUCUGCAACUUACGUACGAAACAAGAAGAAAGCGUGUGAAUCCGUUGGGAUCAAUUCCUUCGAAGUGCGGUUGCCGGAGGAUUCCGCUGAAACCGAAGUUCUAAAGUUUAUCUCAGACUUCAAUGAUGAUCCUGCUGUUCAUGGCAUUCUUGUCCAGCUGCCACUGCCAAAGCAUAUGAAUGAACAGAACAUCUUAAAUGCUGUUAGCAUUGAGAAAGACGUGGAUGGUUUCCAUCCCUUGAAUAUCGGCCGUCUUGCCAUGCGUGGAAGAGAACCUUCCUUUGUUCCUUGUACACCAAAAGGGUGUAUUGAGUUGUUGCAUAGGUAUGGUUUCCAAAUCAAAGGGAAGAAAGCAGUUGUGAUUGGCCGCAGCAAUAUCGUUGGAAUGCCAGCUGCUUUGCUGCUUCAGGUACUAAGGGAGGAUGCUACUGUUACGAUCGUGCACUCUAGGACCCAGAAUCCUGAACAGAUAGUCAAAGAAGCAGAUAUUGUCAUCUCUGCUGUUGGCCAACCCGAUAUGGUCAGAGGGACUUGGCUAAAGCCUGGUGCUGUUGUCAUUGAUGUUGGAAUCAACCCAGUUGAGGAUGCAACAUGUCCGCGAGGUUACAGAUUGGUGGGGGAUGUGUGCUAUGAAGAGGCGCGCAAAGUUGUUUCAGCAAUAACUCCUGUACCUGGGGGAGUUGGUCCAAUGACAAUAGCAAUGCUUCUUUCCAAUACUCUCUCCUCAGCAAAGAGAAUACACAACUUCCAAUGAAGUUGUAUGACCGCUUCUUCCAAUGCAGAACUCUCCGACUUUCAGGAAUAUCAUGAGUCAAUGGCAAUGAACUCUGCAGCACGUUUUAACACAGAGAGACUUGUGCAGUCGACAAUGGCUGGCAUGCCUGCUGCGGACUGUUAGUUUUAUCCGGGGGUAGUAACGGUCCGUAUCUUUUUGAUCUAUCUAUAUCUUGUUCAAUAAGAACAAAUUAUGCCCUAGAAUCUUGACGAGCUGUCUCCAGUUAGCGAGAAUAUUUGUAAGACAUCUUGGUAGUAGUUGACAGUACAAAGAUGAAAGAUGUCUUUGUUAAGAACCAUGCAUCUAUGAUUGUUGCGUUCCUUUCUACCAGAAUACUUAUAUGUGGAUGGCCUCAGCAAGAUUGCAAGCCUAAUAGGAGUCAGGAGAAGCUAUUUGUAUGGAUCAUGAAACUAAGCUGGAACAGAGCCUGAUUCUUAUACCCAGUUGAGUUAGGGUUAGUGCUGUCGUGGGGUUUCAGGCAUAUGUUGCUCUGCUAGCCCUCCUGCAGCUCCUAUUAUGUUGGUGGGAAUCCCCUCUCUGAAUAGGAGUGUUUUGUAGUGGGUCAUGAGAAACAUAACGGGGUUUAUCCUGGCUCUAGGAUACUGGAAAUGUGGUUAAGAUCAGUAUUCAAUUAGUAAAAAAUGAAAUCCAGCACUUGUUGAAUUAGUGAAAUUCUCCUCUUUGAGGACGAGGGAAUUCGGCCAGCACUUAACUACAAAAGUAAAGUUUCGCCCUUAUUCAAAGCGAGAAUGGAGGUGCGACACAAUGGAGGUGUUCACUGAUAACGUAGAAUCGCAAUGUUUUCCAAAUUGGACUCGAUGAUAAAUCAAAAAAGUUAGUGGUUGAUGGAUCAAAUAAAAGUGUUUGUU